AUGGCGACCUCAAGUCUUGCUCUUCGAGCACAGCUUGGACGUGCCGUGGCGCAAGCUCGAAGCUCUUCGACUCCAACAGUCCGGCUCACGCGACGACCCUGGAUCUGUCGCCAGUGCUCCUGUUCCCCCGUUGCUUCUUCGACCAUUGGAAGACGCAGUUUCUACACAAGCUCUGCCAAAGAUGAUGCGAACGCUGCCAAACCUGCCGAGGUUUCUCGAGGCUCCUACCUACCCCUCGAUACUUUUGCGAGGCGACAUAUCGGUCCUACACCAGGGACUACAGAGCAGAUGCUCAAGGCUCUGGAUCCGCCAGUAAAGAGUCUGGACGACUUUGUGAAGCAAGUUCUCCCGAGUGACAUAUUGUCUGCGAAGGAUCUUGAGAUAGAUGCUGCUAAAGCUGGAGGAGAGGAAGGGUUCACGGAGUCACAGUUACUGGCGAGACUGCGAACUAUUGCCUCCAAGAACACGAUUAUGCGAAGCUACAUCGGCUGUGGAUAUGCGGGAACAAGAGUACCUGAGGUCAUUAAGAGGAACGUGCUAGAGGGGCCAGGAUGGUACACGAGCUAUACACCAUACCAGCCAGAGAUCAGUCAGGGUCGGUUGGAGUCUCUGUUGAACUUCCAGACCUUGGUCUGUGACUUGACAGCUCUCCCAAUUUCCAAUGCCUCUCUCCUGGACGAGUCCACAGCUGCUGCUGAGGCAAUGACCUUGUCUCUGAACGCCUUGCCCGCUUCCAGACAAAAGAGCAAGAACAAGACCUUCUUCGUUAGUCACCUAGUCCACCCCCAGACCAAGGCAGUACUUCAAAGUCGCGCGGAUGGUUUUGACAUCAAGAUUGAAAUUGGAGAUGUACUCGCGGAUGGAGGAGCUCGUGUGAAGGAGCUUGGAAAGGAUCUCGUUGGAGUUUUGGUGCAAUACCCAGACACUGAGGGAGGAGUUGAGGACUUCAAGGGUCUGGCAGAUAUCAUCCAUGCGCAAGGGGCCACUUUCAGUGUUGCUACGGACCUCUUAGCUUUGACUGUUCUUACACCACCCGGAGAGUUUGGUGCUGAUAUCGCAUUCGGAAAUGCUCAGCGUUUCGGUGUACCAUUUGGGUAUGGUGGACCACACGCUGCCUUCUUCGCUGUCGGCGAGAAGUACAAGCGAAAGAUUCCAGGUCGUCUCAUUGGUGUUUCCAAGGAUCGAUUGGGAGACAAGGCCAUGAGGCUCACCUUGCAGACCAGAGAACAGCACAUUCGACGUGAGAAAGCCACCAGCAAUGUUUGCACAGCUCAAGCACUUUUGGCCAAUAUGAGUGCUUUCUACGCUGUCUACCACGGUCCUCAGGGUCUCAAGAACAUCGCUGAGCGUGCUAUUAAUGGUGCCAGAAUCAUUGAGUCUGGCCUCAAGUCUCUUGGUUUCGAGACAGGAACGCGUGGGAAAGGUGAGGAUGGAGGCGUCCUUUUCGACACUGUGGUUGUUAGUGUUGGCCAAGACAAGGCCGAUGAGGUGUUGCAACACGCAGUCAGUGCUUUCAACAUCAAUUUGAGAAAGUUUGACGACAACAGAUUGGGCAUAACCAUCGAUGAGACAGUUGAUGCAAAGGACCUCGAAGAAAUCCUUGCGAUUUUCAAAAAGUUCGCUAAAUCAGACACCGAGAUCAACAUUGAGCAGAUCAUCAAGUCGCUCCCUGGAAGUGGAACACUGCCAAUCCCAGCUGCCUUGAAGCGAACAUCCCAGUACCUUACCCAUCCAGUCUUCAAUAUCCACCACUCGGAGACUGAGCUUCUCCGCUACAUUCAUCACCUGCAAUCUAAGGAUCUCUCCUUGACUCACUCUAUGAUCCCUCUGGGUUCGUGCACCAUGAAGCUCAACGCCACAACCGAGAUGGCCCCUGUCACCUGGCCCGAGUUCGCUUCCAUCCAUCCCUUUGUGCCUGCCGAUCAGGCAACUGGCUACAAGGUCAUGAUUGACGAGUUGGAGGCUGACCUGGCGACAAUUACUGGCUUCGAUGCCGUAUCUUUGCAGCCCAACUCUGGUGCCCAGGGUGAGUUCACUGGGCUUCGCGUCAUUCGCAAUUUUCAGGAACAACAGCCAGGAAAGAAGCGUGACAUCUGCUUGAUCCCAGUUUCUGCUCACGGAACCAACCCAGCUUCUGCAGCAAUGGCUGGAAUGAGAGUCGUUACUAUCAAGUGCGACACCAAGACUGGAAAUCUCGACAUGGAGGAUCUGAAGGCCAAGUGUGAGAAGUACAGCGAGGAACUUGGUGCUAUCAUGAUCACCUACCCCAGCACAUUCGGCGUCUUCGAACCUCAAGUCAAGGCUGCCUGCGACCUUGUUCAUCAGCAUGGUGGUCAAGUGUACAUGGAUGGUGCGAACAUGAACGCCCAAAUUGGUCUCUGCUCACCUGGGGAGAUUGGAGCUGAUGUCUGCCAUCUGAACCUGCACAAAACCUUCUGUAUUCCUCAUGGUGGCGGUGGACCAGGUGUUGGGCCAAUUGGUGUGAAGUCUCAUUUGGCGCCUUUCCUCCCAGGACAUCCGCUUGUCAAGACUGGUGGAGAGAAGGCUAUCGCUCCUGUCAGUGGUGCUCCUUGGGGCAGCGCAAGCAUUCUUCCCAUCAGUUGGGCCUAUGUCAAGAUGAUGGGUGGACGUGGUUUAACCCACGCAACCAAGAUUACUCUUUUGAACGCCAACUACAUCAUGUCCCGUCUUCGACCGUACUACCCAAUUCUCUACACCAACGAGAACUCCCGUUGCGCUCACGAGUUCAUUCUUGACGUCCGAGGCUUCAAGGAGACCUGCGGCAUUGAAGCCAUCGAUAUCGCCAAGCGUCUCCAAGAUUACGGCUUCCACGCUCCCACCAUGAGCUGGCCGGUAGCAAAUACUCUCAUGAUCGAGCCCACUGAAUCAGAAGGCAAGGAUGAGCUGGAUAGAUUCAUCGACGCCCUGAUCUCUAUCCGAGCAGAGAUCAAAGCAGUUGAAGAUGGCAAGGUUGCAAAGGAAGGAAACGUCUUGAAGAUGGCACCGCACUCCCAGAAGGAUCUGAUUGUCGGAGAGUGGGAUCGCCCAUACACGCGUGAGCAGGCUGCCUAUCCUCUGCCAUGGCUCAGAGAGAAGAAGUUCUGGCCCAGCGUGACUAGACUAGACGAUGCCUUUGGUGAUAUGAACCUCUUCUGCACUUGCGGACCUGUCGAUCCAGUCGACGAAGCCGGUGGCAUCACCGGUGCAGCCGCGCCUAAUCCAACGUAA